AAAUGUGUCAGCUUAGUUUUUCGCAACAUGUGUGGGCUGCGUAUCUAUUUAUUGUGCCUCGUCGUUGCAUCCUGCAUCCUUUUCGGAGUGUCCCACUGCACCAACGAGUCCGUUUGUGUCCUGAGCAAUGCGCCUCAGCAAUGUGGCGCCUUCUGCCUGGCACAAUUACAUCCACUGUGUGAUCAGUACGCCAAAUCCAAGCAAAAGGAGAAAAUAGUGAAGAUGAUAGAGGAUUCUCGGGCUGAGCAGAAGGAGCUCGUUAAAAGCCAAGAGGCAAUGGCGAAGCUGAUAGCCGAGUCUCGGGCUGAGCAGAAUGAGCUCUUGAAUGUCCUUGCGGCAAAUCUAACUGCCACCGCUAUCAGACUUGAAUCCACAGUAAAAAGCAUACCAAUUGUAGUGCCGCCUGGGUUCGAAAAGUUUGGAUACAGAUACCUUUUCAUAGAAUAUGAUGAGAAGAAAAGCUGGGCUGAUGCCGAGGCAACCUGUUGGAGAAAGGGCGGUAACCUAGCAGCCUUCCGAAACGAAGACGAGCUUGAAGCCGUCAGGAAAGCAUUCAAUCCACUUGACGUAUUCUGGCUUGGUUACCAACGAAAUAGUAAGGGCGUAUUCCAGACGGCCGCCGGAAAUAAACGACCGUUUAUGAAGUGGGAGUCAGGACAACCAGACAACUUGGGUGGCCAGCAGAACUGCGUUGCCCUGAUCCAUUCACUCAUGUAUGAUAUGCAAUGCGAUGAUGCCAAUCACUUCAUUUGCGAGUUGGACCUGGUUUAAUAAAGAUAAAGAUAAUACCAAUAUUCAAUUAAGAUCACCUCGUACUUAUUUUGGCGGGUAGUAUUUAAGCGCACAGUGUACGUUGUUUGCGGGUAUACAGAUUAUGCUGAAGUACUGAGCCCCAUGCUGGAUCACUUUGCCAGGCUCCAGGACGAGGUGACCUCUAGUAUUCUGCAAGCUAACGAAGGGGAGGCGUGGUAGGAGAUCCCUCCCAAGGACAAUGGGUCGAGGCUGGACAGACUGGAAAGUCAGCAGGCGGUGCUGUUGCGGAUAAUUCGUAGUUAGUCCGAGUUUGAUAGGAAAAUAGUUGCGCCCAAGUUCGAGGUGGAUUCGACUUGAAAAUAUGUAAAAUUCUUAAAUAUGUAAAAUGUAAUCUGCAGAAUAUAGACAAGUAGAGUAGUAAAAAGGCACGUUUAUUUCA